AUGUCAAUAUCCGAUAAUGCUAUCCAUUCUUCACGGUCGACUACAGUUAUCCCUACUCCUCCCGUCAACAUACUCGCCGAUCGGCUCUUGUCAAGGAAACGCAAGCGAGACGGAGACACGCCGCCGGCGAAAGCGCCUUCCCAUCUGAUCAAAGCCGCACCGCGAGCCAACGUCCCUGUGCACAAGGCCUUUGCAGACAGUCGCCCGCCGCUUCCUUCAUCAUUACCUCAAUCAUUUGUCGUUAGAUCAGUCGACAAUGACAAACCGCUAUCCUUUCGCAUCCUCCGCACUCUUCCUCGCGCUGCUCUGCCCUUGAGCUACGUCAACAACUCGCGUUCUACUACUCGCGUCUUCUCUGCCCAUCUUCCACAUCUCGACCAUGACGCCGAAUCCCCACCGCUCGUCUUCAUCGCUCGUCCCGAAUCCCUCCCCGACCAGCCCCUGUAUGCUAUAGAAAGAGUUGGCCACAAGAGGUAUGCACUGUGCAGGCUGGCUGCUUGGCUGGAGGAUCAUCACACCGCAGCACUCGCCUCAACACCGCCAACCGUGGCUGCACCGCUGCGACCACCGCCUCUCGACACACAAAAUCAAUAUUGGUGGCAGCCUGCAGCCCUCCAAAGAUCGUCCAUACCGCGCGAACCGUCUCGUAAGGCGCCCCGUCUGUCGCUCUGCCUCCGUCUCCCACCACCCGCCAAGCCUACACCGCAGCCGGAACCCGGCGUCCUUCCACAACCGCUUGACCAUCCUGUCAUCCCAGACGAGACGUGCGAUACGGCCGAAGACAUUCUGGACCGCUUCAUCUCACAGUACCUCGACACGCUCUACCUGUCCAAAACACCUCUCGCCUUCUUCACCAAGGGUCCUCUGUCGCGCUUACGAGCCGCCUUCACAUCAGGACAGAUUGAAGCCGCCACUCUGCCAGAACUGGCCCAAUUUCUGCGAAGUCUGAUUCCCUCGUCUUCGACAGCCGACAAGAAGUAUCGUGACAAGCUCCCGGAGCUCCUGAAAGAUCUGCCCUCGCAACACGGGGAUCCCGAACACGCCCCUGCUGCAAAGAAAAAGCGACGGAAGAAGAAGCUCAAGCCUGACAAGUAUGGCCUGCUCCCAGAAGAGGCUGUCUUCUUUGCCAAGUGGUGGUACCAGGAUGAAUCUUCUGCGCCAUCUGACGAAACAGCCGAGCGAUCGCUUACUCGCAGAAGUCGCCAGCUCCGGACCAGAGAGACGUUCAUGCAGGUGGUUCUGGUGCUGGAGAUUCUCAGUCUGGAAGCCCUUCCAGAAUUCCAGCCGCUCCAGGAGCCAGCACCACAACCUAAGAGCAAGAAGAGCGACACAAUCUUGACGAGGUUGGAGCUACUCUUGGACAAGCUUUGUAUCUGGCAUUCCCUGCACAGUGCAGACCUCUUGGGAGAUGCUCCUAAGCCCGACAAGACGGCCAAGGAAGGCGCCAACCAAUUGCACAGCUUCUGUGUCGAUGUCAUCAUACCUUUCUACAUGUCUCGCACUCAUGAGCACGCUUCCGCCGUCAACAAGAAGCUCGGCGGCCCAGGUGCUACCACAACAUCCAAGCCGAAGCUCAGUCGUAAGCAUUCCGAAGCAGACACCAAGGCUCCCGCCGACAAGAAAGCCCGUCGUCCGCUUGCUCGCGUUGCAACAGAAAGCUUCCCUCAGCCCGCCAAAACUCCUCGUUCCUUCAAUCGCUCAGCCACAGACUCGCAAGUCUUUCCAGUCAAGUCCGAGACGCCAGAGGUCUCUAUAUCCUCCAUUUCUGCCAGACGAGACAGCCAACCAUCUUUGGCCCGCAAGAGUGACGUUCUGGGAAAACAUCGCUUACUCCAGAGAGAGGUAGACUUCGGGGCCAUCGCUGCAGCCAAUGAAGCGAAAGCCAGGAAAAAGCAGGAAGUCGAGCAGAAACUCAAGGAUGCCAUCUCCACCCUGAAGAAGCCAAGCCGUGCCACUGUCUCUGGAGAGUUUGUGGACGCAGUCGAACAAAGAAAGCGCAUGGCAGAAGGUAGAGCCAGACCACCCUUGCACAAACGAAAGUCUUCAUCUGUGGCUCAGGUUGCCGCAACGCCAAAGAAUGGUCACAAAACCUCCGCUAUUGCUGCAACACCUCACUACAUUCCAGCUCCCUCUUUUGGUCGUCCCGCAGUCCCAUCUUCAGGCCCCUCAGUGGUUCCUUCAUCCAGCACCAAGCAGAAAUCUUUGUCUUUCGCCCACUUCUCUCCAGUCAAUGAGGCCUCCGAUGACGAAGGUACUAUUCCCGCCACCGACCACAGGCCUCGACACAAAGAUGCUCUUGCCGAAACCCCCUCCAAGCCCCGAGUAGCUUUCGCUUCGCUACAAGGUGCCUCUCCAGAGGAUGAGGAAGAACAUUCUGCGCAUGUUGGACAGGACAGAGGAGAUUCUUCUCCCUUACGUGAAAGUCCCACCUUGUUGAAGACACCGAGCAAGCCGCAGCGACCCACGUUCAGCAUCACCCCAAGCAAGCCAACACCGCCAUUGAAUCUUGGGAGAGCCAAAUCCAAGCAGGGUGUUGCAGUAAUGCCUCUGAAAGUUGCUGCGACUGUAAACUCGAGGAACAUGCUUAAAGUAUCAUCAGUCGUGACCCAACAGCAAAGAGCGGAUGGAGAUGGAUCAAAGGAUCAAACCGACAAUAUCUACGCAAAUCUUGGAUGGGAUGACGAACUUGAUGAUGAAUAG